UAGCGACAAUCAAAACAUUGCUGUGUGCGAGAAAGAGAAGAGAAGUGCCUGGUUGAACCUGUGGUGGAGUCGACUGAGUCGUCGGAGAGCUUCAUUGCUGAACAAACGCCAAAAUGUUGAUUCUUCGUCUUGCACACACGGAUUUUGCCAAAUCCUCAUUACUGGCAAAUAAAAUCAAGAGAAUUUCACCCACCGUUCAACUGUGCCGGGCAUGCUCCAAUGUCGGGGAUAACAAGAAAAAAUAUUCAAGCACUGUAAAUUUGCCCAAAACAUCGUUUCCGGCUUACAUAAAACCAAAUUGUUUGGCUGAAAGAGAUGCCUUAAUUGCACAGAAAUGUGGCUUUGAAGAGUUGUAUAAAUGGCAAAGAGAGAACAAAAAGGGCUCUGAAUUUGUUCUCCACGAUGGACCUCCCUAUGCCAAUGGUUCUGUUCACUUAGGACAUGCUGUUAACAAGAUUUUGAAAGAUGUCGCCAACAGGGAAAGGCUCUUAGCCGGGUGCAAAGUGCAUUACGUCCCUGGCUGGGACUGCCAUGGACUGCCAAUUGAACUAAAAGCAAUUGGCCUAAACGACAGAAAAAAAUUAGACCCCAUUGCACUUCGACAAAAAUCCCGAAAGUAUUCUGAGGAGGCCAUUAAAAACCAAGAGGCAGAGUUCCGCUCAUGGGGAGUAAUGGCAGAUUGGGAAAACAAGUACUUGACUUCAAGCCCGGAGUUUGUGAAGAAUCAACUUCGCUGUUUUCAAAAUCUUUAUGAAAGGAGCUUAGUUUUCCAAGACCUAAAACCCAUUUACUGGUCGCCAAUAUCUGAAACUGCGUUAGCAGAAUCAGAAUUGGUAUACAAGAAUGACCACACCAGCCUUUCUGUGUUUGUGAGCGCUCGAUUUGUAGAUCUGCCGGCAGAUUUGCAAAAGAUUGUUUCGUCAGUUAAGCCAGGAGCCAGCUUGGAUUUAGUCGUCUGGACAAGCACUUUGUGGUCCUUGCCCGCAAAUCAAGCAGUGGCUUACGGCGAAGAAAUGGACUACUGCAUUGUAGAAAACAAGAGCAGUGACACGCUUGUUCUGGUCGCCCAAGACUUACUGCCAACUUUGGCUGAAAAACUGAACCUGAGCAACAUUCCGCUGGCUUCAUUUAAAGGCAGCACGUUGAAGGGAGCGACUUACGCGUCCAUGUUCGGCUCGGUCAUGAAGCGUCUGCCGCUGAUUCCAUCAACUCACGUCAUCAACACUGCCGGCACGGGCCUCGUGCACAUUGCCCCUAGUCACGGGCAACAAGACUUUCUACUCGCUCUUGAAAAUAAGAUUUCAAUGUUUCAAUCGAUUGAUGAGAGUAUGAAGUACACAAGAGAGGCGCCCGAGGCUGUUCAAGGCCUGCCGAUUCUCGAGAAAAGCACGUCCGACAAAAUUAUCUCCCUCCUGGCAGGCAACUUAAUGCACUCUGAACCUUUUGUUCACUCGUAUCCAUAUGACUGGCGCGCGCAUUGUCCGGUGAUCAUGUUGGCUAGCAAGCAAUGGUUUCUCAGCACUGAGACGCUACGACACAGGGCAGAAGACGCUCUUGCAAGGGUAAACCAGUUUCCCAUCCCGGAGCAAGAUCCCUCGCCCAUGGUAGCCAUGCUGCGGAAAAGGCCAUAUUGGUGCAUUUCUCGGCAGAGGGUUUGGGGUACUCCUAUUCCUGCUGCUUACCACAAGAAGACGGGACAGCCGAUUUUGCACAAGGACGUAGUGGAAAAUAUUUGCAAAUUGAUCGACGAGAAGGGCACAGACUGUUGGUGGAAAUGUGACGUGUCAGAAGUAGUGCCUGAAAGCGUCUUGACCAAGUUCAACGUUUCUUGCGAUGAACUGGAAUUAGGAAAGGACAUCUUGGAUAUUUGGUUUGAUUCUGGGCUCACGUGGUCUUACGCGUUGGGACCUAUUGGACAGUCGAAUUUGUGUAUCGAGGGCGCGGAUCAAUACACGGCCUGGUUUCAAACGUCGCUUUUGCUCUCUACCGCCCUGCAAGCGAAAUCCCCUUACAAAAAUCUGCAAACCCACGGCUUUGUUGUGGACGGCAAUGGCCUCAAGAUGUCCAAGUCUGUUGGCAACGUUAUUCAUCCCAAGGACUUGACCAGAGGGUCCAAGAAACAACCACCGUUAGGAAUCGAUGUGUUGCGUUGCUGGAUCGCAUCCCAGAUUGUCGGCAUUAAGAACAUCCCCGCGAGUGAGGGCACCUUCAAAACGGCAACUGAAAUCGUCUCAAAAAUUAGGAACGUAUCCAAGUUUUUGCUUGGCUCUGUUGGUCCUCCCAUCGAACCCGCGCGUGACACUACUAACUGGAGGUUCCUUGAUAGACUCAUGCUGCACAGAUUGUACAACCUGCAACAACGUACGAGUGACACAUAUAGAAGACACGUGCUGAACCACACAGUGAAGCAGCUGUUCUCUUUUGUAACGCUAGAAGUCUCCAGCUCUUACUGCCACCUGAUCAAAGACAGACUUUACUGUGAUGCCAUUGAUAGUGCCGAGCGACAGCAGUGCGUACGGGUGCUGACCUACACUCUGGAAACGCUGCUCCGGGUCAUGGGUCCAAUUGUGCCCCACUUGGCCGAGGAAAUCUGCUUGCACUGGAAGGGCCGAGGUCGCCUCUUCUUCACACCUGGUUUUGACGCGCCUGAGAGCUGGAACCAACCUGAGCUUGAGGAUUUGUGGGAGCAAAUCGAAAAUUUGAGGGGAAGCAUCAACAAGGCUGUUGGCAACGAAAACACUCAAGAAUUUGGCGUCACCAUUGAAGUUCCUAGAGAUCUGUAUACCGUUUUAAAGAGGAUGCAGUUGAGCGAUGAGUCGUGGCAGUCGGAACUGUGCGAGCUGUUGCAGGUGGCUGCAGUUUUGCUGCAACCAGUUGCAGAGGAAGUGCCCGUCAGCGUGGAUUUGUGGAAAUCGCCCCGAGGCCAGUGUCUGCGCUGCAGAAGGUUCACUGCUCUGCCCAGUGCCGAGUUGUGUGAGCGCUGCGAGGACGUUGUCGCGGCUUCUAUCAAGCCUGACUGCCAGUCCUCAAACGCGCAAAGUUGAAUUAGGUCUGCUCCACAGAAAUAGAUACGGUUGGUGACAAUUAGUUUUGAGGAAAUUCUAAGCGACCGUAAUUAAUUUCAAGUACAAAAAUUGAGUGAUUUAGCCAUCAUUUCUGUUUUCCAGCAACAAUUAGCUAAUGAUGAAAUAUAAUUCAAACUGAUAGACAAAACCCAAUCAAUUUAUUUGAGGUACUACCUUUCUGGCUUUAAAUUUUUUUGAAAUAUUCUAGUGUUUUAAAUUAUUUAACUGUUAAUUAUGCGGCAGCAUUAUUUAAUUUGAUCGUUGAUCAAUUGAUGAAUAUGAUUUUCAACUCGGCCAUAAAAAUUGUGAGUACUUCUUUUUUGUUAGAAUAAAAAUAAACGCUUAACUGUAAUUCUUAAGUACGCUAAAUGUA